CGACAUACCUCGUCUUUCCUCCGCCCCUCCCGCUUCUUUUCCUUCUUCUCUCCGCUUGCGCAUCUGCCCUUCUUCCUUUCUCCUCAUCUCCCCUUCCCUUCCCUUACCCUCCUUCACGGAAAAAUCUACCUUCGAGCCACCCAUCACAAUGCCCAGUUUCUCGCAGGCCACCGAGCUUUCCGCUUGGAAGGAGCUCCAGGAGCACCACAACACCGUGGGCCGCAACAUCGUCCUCAAGGAGUGCUUCGAGAAGGACCCCCAGCGCUUCGAGAAGUUCAGCCGCACCUUCGCCAACACCGUCGACAACACCGAGGUGCUGUUCGACUUCUCCAAGAACUUCCUCACCGAGGAGACCCUCGCCCUCCUGGUCAAGCUGGCCAAGGAGGCUAACGUCGAGGAGCUCCGUGAUGCCAUGUUCAAGGGCGAGCACAUCAACUUCACCGAGGACCGUGCCGUCUACCACGCCGCCCUGCGCAAUGUCUCCAACGAGCCCAUGCAGGUCAACGGCAAGAGCGUCGUCGAGGACGUCAACUCCGUGCUCGAGCACAUGAAGGAGUUCACCGAGCAGGUCCGCAGCGGCGAGUGGAAGGGUUACUCCGGCAAGAAGAUCGACACCGUCAUCAACAUCGGUAUCGGUGGUUCCGAUCUCGGCCCCGUCAUGGUCACCGAGGCCCUGAAGCCCUACGGCGCGGCCGACAUGAAGCUGCACUUCGUCUCCAACAUUGACGGAACCCACAUCGCCGAGGCCGUCAAGAACUCGGACCCCGAGACCACCCUCUUCUUGAUCGCCUCCAAGACCUUCACCACUGCGGAGACCACCACCAACGCCAACACCGCGAAGAAGUGGUUCCUGGAGACCGCCAAGGAUGAGUCUCACAUCGCCAAGCACUUCGUUGCCCUGUCCACGAACGAGGAGGAAGUCACCAAGUUCGGCAUCGACAAGGAGAACAUGUUUGGGUUCGAGUCGUGGGUGGGUGGCCGCUACUCCGUGUGGAGCGCCAUCGGCCUGUCUGUGGCCCUCUACAUCGGCUUCGACAACUUCCGCGACUUCCUGGCCGGUGCGCAGGCCAUGGACAAGCACUUCCUCGAGACCCCCCUGGAGCAGAACAUCCCCGCCAUCGGCGGUCUGCUGAGCGUGUGGUACAGCGACUUCUUCGGCGCGCAGACCCACCUGGUGGCCCCCUUCGACCAGUACCUGCACCGGUUCCCUGCGUACCUGCAGCAGCUGUCGAUGGAGAGCAACGGCAAGGCCAUCACCCGGACGGGCGAGUACGUCAAGUACACGACGGGCCCCAUCCUCUUCGGCGAGCCCGCCACCAACGCGCAGCACAGCUUCUUCCAGCUGCUGCACCAGGGCACCAAGCUCAUCCCCUCGGACUUCAUCAUGGCUGCCGAGUCGCACAACCCGGUGGAGGGUGGCAAGCACCAGCGCAUGCUGGCGUCCAACUUCCUGGCGCAGUCCGAGGCUCUGAUGGUCGGCAAGACCCCGGAGCAGGUCAAGGCCGAGGGCGCGCCGGACAACCUGGUGCCCCACAAGACCUUCCUGGGCAACCGCCCGACCACGUCCAUCCUGGCGCAGAAGAUCACCCCGGCCACGCUGGGCGCGCUGAUCACGUACUACGAGCACCUGACGUUCACCGAGGGUGCGAUCUGGAACAUCAACUCGUUCGACCAGUGGGGAGUGGAGCUGGGCAAGGUGCUUGCCAAGAAGAUCCAGAAGGAGCUGGAGACGUCUGGCGAGGGCGCCGGCCACGACGCGUCGACCAGCGGUCUGCUGUUGGCUUUCAAGCAGAAGGCGAACUUGGCGUAGGAUCUGGAAAGAAGGAGGGAAUUGGGAAUUGGACAGAGCCAGCAAAAAGGAGUGUGUGUAUAUCUUGAUGAAGCCACGAGUGUCAUCUUUUUUUCUUAAUCUAGUUAGCAAUGAUAAGUUACGAAUCGUAUCGGACCUAGUUUAUAGUCA